GUGGCAACUUCCAAAGUUUGAUGACGACCUAGAGAAGGAUAACCAACUAAGGCUUUGUACAGGAUAGUUGGACUUUUGCACGUAGAGUUGUAGCUACCGAAGCAAAACGUCAAACAUGUGAAGUGGGCAAGAAAAUUAUUUCUCUUUUUUUUUCCACUCUGGACUCUAUUGAAAAAAAAAUGCUGGUGGCAAACGUGUAAGAAACUGAUUUGGAUGUAUCUUCAACAUAUACCUUUGCCAUUUUUCCUCCAGGGAAGAAGACGAGGAUAGAUCAACAACACAAAACCAACAAACAGCUUCUUCCUCCUCCAUGCUGUCGUAGAAAGAACCUCUGGUUCUUCAGCUAGUCAGAGCCCAAACCAAGCGCCCGCCUCUGCAUCAGGGAGUUUCAUGAGAGAAUCAUGCAGCCACUGAAUUUGCCAUGCAGCAGCAGUAGCAACUCAAAAUUACCGGUGCCUUUCUUUGGCCUCGUCUUCGUCCUCCUGCUCUCCUCGGCCUCUUUCGUCAGCUCCUGCACGGAGCAAGAAAGGAGCUCCCUCAUUGACUUUCGAGAUGGGCUCUCGCAGGAGGGCAAUGGCGGCCUCAACGUGUCAUGGAUCAACAGCACAGACUGCUGCCAAUGGGAAGGAAUCUUUUGCAGCACUGGUGGUGUGGUCACGGAUGUCUUGCUUGGUUCUAAAGGCCUCAAAGGCAUCAUCCCACCAUCCCUCAGCAAUCUCACCGGGCUGCUGCGCCUCAAUUUGUCCCGCAAUUCACUUGAAGGAAGUCUACCAGCAGAAUUGCUGUUCUCCAACAGUAUCCUUGUCCUGGAUGUCAGCUUCAACUACCUAUCUGGUCCUCUGCAAGAGCGGCGGCAAUCCUCAAAUUCUGGUCUUCCUCUCCAGGUAUUGAAUAUCUCAAGCAACUUCUUUAAAGGGCAGUUCCCAUCCACAACACUGGAAGUGAUGAAAAAUCUGGUUGCUCUUAAUGCAAGCAACAACACUUUUACUGGAUUGAUGCCAUCUUCUGUUUGCAACUACGCCCCAUCAAUUGCCAUGCUUGACCUUUCUUUGAAUGAAUUCAGUGGCACUGUUUCCCCAGAGUUUGCCAAUUGCUCCAUGUUAAAAGUACUCAAGGCUGGCCACAACAACCUUACAGGGGUUCUACCUCAUGAACUUUUCAAUGCAACCUCAUUGGAGCAGCUCUCUUUUCCAAACAAUGACUUACGAGGGAUUCUUGAUGCUUCCAACCUAGUCAGGCUCAACAAUCUGAUCAUCCUUGAUCUUGGAUCAAAUGGGUUCAGUGGUAAUAUAUCAGAUUCUAUCGGGCAGCUGAGUAGAUUGGAAGAGCUCCACUUAGACAACAACCUGAUGUCUGGAGAGCUACCAUCGGCACUAGGUAACUGCACAGGUCUCAGGUACAUCACCAUCAGAAAUAACAGUUUUAUGGGAGAUCUUAGCAGAGUUAACUUUUCCCAGUUGGAUCUGAGAACUGCAGAUUUUUCAAUGAACAACUUCACUGGUACAGUUCCUGAAAGCAUCUAUGCAUGUAGCAAUCUAAUUGCAUUACGGCUGGCUUUCAACAAAUUUCAUGGCCAAUUCUCACCAAGCAUUGCCAAUCUCAGGUCCUUGUCCUUCCUUUCAAUUACAAAUAACUCAUUUACAAAUAUCACAGAUGCACUUGCAAAGCUCAAGAGCUGCAGGACCCUCACCUCCCUGCUUAUUGGAACCAACUUCAACGGUGAAACCAUACCGCAAGAUGAAGCAAUUGAUGGUUUUGGGAAUAUUCAGGUCCUGACUAUAGAUGCUUGCCCUUUGGUCGGAAAAAUCCCUCUUUGGCUAUCAAAGCUCACAAAGCUGGAGAUGUUAGAUUUAUCAAACAAUCAACUGACCGGACUGGUACCAUCCUGGAUUAAUAAACUGCAACUCCUCUUCUAUCUAGACAUAUCAAACAACAGCCUUGCAGGGGAUAUCCCAAUUGCAUUGAUGAAUAUGCCAAUGAUACAAUAUCAGAAGAACGCUGUCCAGUUGGACCCCAAGUUCCUAGAGUUACCAGUAUAUUGGACACCGACACGUCAAUACCGGAUGCUCAAUGCUUUUCCCAUUUCAUUGAAUAUAGGCCACAAUAGAUUCACAGGUUCCAUUCCCCCAGAGAUUGGUCAGUUAAAAAUGCUCGAUGUCCUAAACUUCAGCUCCAACAACUUAUCUGGAGAGAUACCAUGGCAAAUCAACAACCUCACAAGCCUGCAAGUGCUAGACCUGUCAAACAACCAGCUCACAGGUGAAAUCCCACAAACAUUGAGUGAACUGCACUUCCUUUCGGUAUUCAAUGUGUCUAACAAUGAACUAGAAGGGCCUGUUCCAACUGGAUGGCAGUUUGAUACAUUUGCAAAUUCUAGCUACAGUGGGAACACCAAGCUAUGUGGCCGUAUGCUCAGCAUCCAAUGUGACUCAACAAGAACACAUACAACCCCCAUGAAAAGGCGGAAGAAAAAGCCCAUUUUUGCACUUGCUUUAGGUGUGUUCUUCGGCGGGCUUGCUAUACUUUUAUUGCUGGCACGUCUUCUUAUAUCCAUAAGAACCACAAAAUCUGCCAACAGAAAUAAGAGCAGUAAUAACAGGGACAUAGGAGCAACUUCAUUCAACUCUGUUUCAGAGCACUUGUGCGAUAUGAUAAAGGGAAGCAUUGUGGUGAUGGUACCUCGAGGAAAGGAAGAAUCAAAUAAUCUCACAUUCAGUGAUAUCUUAAAGGCCACAAAUAAUUUUGAUCAGCAGAACAUUAUCGGCUGUGGAGGUAAUGGUCUAGUGUAUAUGGCUGAACUACCCUGUGGAUCCAAGCUUGCAAUUAAGAAACUCAAUGGUGAAAUGUGUCUCAUGGAAAGAGAAUUCACAGCAGAGGUUGAAGCACUCUCCAUGGCACAACAUGAGAAUCUUGUUCCACUAUGGGGUUAUUGCAUCCAGGGAAGCUCGAGGCUCCUCAUAUAUUCUUUCAUGGAGAAUGGGAGUCUUGAUGACUGGCUUCACAACAAGGAUGGCGCCAACUCAUUUCUCGAUUGGCCAACAAGGCUCAAGAUUGCACAAGGAGCAGGCCACGGCCUUUCAUAUAUCCACAACACCUGCAAGCCUCACAUUGUUCACCGCGAUGUCAAGUCCAGCAACAUCUUACUUGAUAGAGAAUUCAAUGCUUAUAUUGCUGAUUUUGGCCUCGCCAGAUUGAUUCUUCCUUAUAACACACAUGUCACGACAGAGCUGGUAGGCACACUGGGUUACAUUCCUCCUGAGUACGGGCAGGCAUGGGUGGCCACACUGAGAGGUGAUAUAUACAGUUUUGGAGUAGUCUUGCUUGAGCUGCUCACAGGGAAGAGGCCUGUCCAGCUCUUGACCAAGUCAAAGGAACUUGUACAAUGGGUACGGGAGAUGCGGUGUCAGGGAAAGGAUAUUGAGGUCUUGGAUCCUGCACUUAGAGGAAGAGGACAUGAUGAGCAAAUGCUGAAUGUGCUUGAAGUCGCUUGCAAGUGUAUCAACCACAAUCCUUGCCUGAGGCCAACCAUCCAAGAGGUUGUGUCCUGCCUGGACAGUGUAAAUGUAGACCUCCAGGUGCAGAUGUAGUUAAAGGACAACAGACUCUAGGUGGUCAUCUUGUACUUCACCUAAUUAGUUGUAACUUCUGUGCAAGAAUGGUUUUCUAACAAAUUGUACUCGUACAGUAGUGUGUGCUGUGUGUAAAUCUCUGAAAAGAAAAUGCCCACGGUUAUGAGGCCCUUUAUACAAUUUUACUUCUUCUUCUUUUUUAAGAAAAAUCCUGUACUUCCAAGCUCAAUCGCAUGAACAUGGAAAGUGCAUGAGAAGAAUACUGAGAUCUUGUUUAAUUCACCUACAUUUAGUUUUCUAACAAAUUGUACAGUUGUGUAUGUACUUCAGUGAAAUAAAAGGCUCACAGUUAUGAGAUUCAUGUGUUCA